AUGGAAGAAGGAACGGAAGGUCCGUCAGAAGAAGAUGAUGUCAACCGUGUUCUAUCCAUCAGCUCAACAUUUCGCGAUCUCCAGACGGCCUACCUCAUCAUAAGCCUGGUACUGUCGGUAGGAUGCGGACUGUUACUCAUUUUUUUGGUCUGGAAAAAGGAGAAUCUGCAAAAGCCGAGCCAUUUCCUUCGCUGUAACCUAGCCGUUGACGACAUCAUCUUCACCAGUUGCUUGAUUCCCAUCCGCAUCGUCGCACUUUUCCGGCAAGAUGUCAGUGGGGAACAUCUGUGGUGCUCGGGUAGAGUCCUGGUAGCACCCGCAAGUCUACCAUCCAUGUCUGGCACGUACCUCCUGAUGGCGGUAGAUCUGUAUUACUUCGUGUGCGAUCCCCUUCACUACCAUGACAAAGUCACCACAAAACGCGUGGCUGUAGGUAUCCUGGUGAUCAGGGCCUUCUCCUUAUUCUUCGGACUAGCGCCCGUGGCUUUCGGCGGCCUGCCCAAAUACGGCCUGCUAUGUGAGUCUGACCCUGUGACCAGUGUCUCCCUGUCUGCCAUUAUCAGGAACAUUGGCACACUGGUAAAUUUUCUUGUUAUUCUCUUCAUCUCAACGCUCUACUACCAAGUCUUCAAGGAAGCCAGGAGACAACAGCAAAGAGAUGAGAACCGCGACCUGUGGGUCUUCCAGACCAAGGCAUUCAAGCUAAUGGCACCGCAUGCAAUUGUAAUGACUCUAAGCCUGGCCACUGCCAUUUUCCAGUUGGCCAUGGCACGAGCUGUGAUCAGUGAAGAACAAUUGUCACAAUAUGGCCUGUCUGUCGCCAACCACGUGUCCGUCCUCCUGUUCCUGUCGGUGUCAUCCGUGGCCAACCCCAUCAUCUACAGCUUACGGCUCCCAGACUUCCGUCGAGCCAUUAAGGAGCUGUGUGGAUUGCCAACCAACACCCCACCUGCGGUACCGGCACAGCGACAUGGGGACAUGGAGAUGGCCGCCAUCACCGGUUCUGGGCAAGGCGCGCCGGCAGCAGAAGUGACGCCAGCUCCAACCCCUACAGAAGCCCUGAAGCCGACGGCGGAGGACGGAACUCCCGACCGAGCACAAAAGCAGACAACACAGGCAGACAUGAGCCCAGGACUGGCGCCCUGUACACAACACCGUGGCUACAGGACCGCAACACAGCGACCAUUCCAGCUAACAGUGCGGGCAGACGUACAUGCUGAACCAACACCACGUUCCGAGGAGGACAUCACGGUAACGCUUCCCGGACAGCUGUAG